AUGGCAGCACAGACUGUUUACCAGCCGCUGGAAGUCGACGACGCCGAAGUCGCUGGCGAGUCACCUAAUGUCAAGUAUACUUAUAAUGAUUUCUCCGAUGAUGAAGAGGACGACGGGAAGCUUAGGCUUCUCGAAGCCCCUGAAAACUCUGCUAGGCAACGAAGUGGUGGCUACUUCGCCUACAAGCAAGGCCUCAUUGAUGGACAGUCUCCCCCCUGGUAUCCUUCGCCGAAUGGUGGAACCGUGUCAACGUGGGCUGACAGUUAUGCUAAAGCACAAAAGUUGGUGGAACAGAUGACUCUGGUGGAGAAAGUCAACGUUACGACAGGCACAGGCUGGGCUAUGGAUCUAUGUGUCGGAACCACCGGUCGAGCUGGCAACACAGGGUUUCCUGCUCUCUGCUUGCAAGAUGGCCCACUUGGUAUUCGUUUUGCUGAUCAUGCUGACUCUUUCCCUGCUGGAAUUACUGUCGGCUCGACAUGGAACCGUGAGCUCAUGCGGAAACGUGGUGAGGCUCAUGGUCGAGCAGCCAGGCUGAAAGGGGUUCAUGUGUUGCUCGGGCCAGCGAUGGGACCUAUAGGCCGAAACCCAGCUGGUGGAAGAAACUGGGAAGGCUUUGGGUCUGAUCCUGUCCUUCAGGCUGUAGCAGCUGCUGAAACCAUCAAGGGUAUACAGUCACAAGGUGUUCAAGCCACUGCUAAGCACUUUGUUGGUAACGAACAAGAACAUUUUCGAAAGUCCUUCGAAUGGGGUCUUCCCGAAGCAUUGUCAUCGAAUAUUGGUGAUCGAGCUUUGCACGAGAUAUACGCUUGGCCAUUCGCGGAGAGUAUCAGAGCUGGUGUUGCCUCUAUCAUGUGUUCAUAUCAAAUGGUCAACAAUUCUUAUGCCUGUCAAAAUUCAUGGCUGCUUAAUGGUAUGCUAAAGGAUGAGCUCGGGUUCCAGGGGUAUGUGCAAUCUGACUGGCUAGCACAGCGAUCAGGCGUGGCCAGUGCACUAGCUGGCCUGGACAUGUCAAUGCCAGGAGACGGCCUGUUCUGGCAGGAUGGAAAACCCUUGUUCGGUUCACAAUUGACUCUCGCUGUCCUCAACGGAUCGGUGCCUGUUCAAAGACUUAACGACAUGGCGACGCGUAUUGUUGCUGCAUGGUACCAAGUUGGGCAAGAUUCCCGCGAGCAGAAUGAGCCGAAUUUCUCUUCUUGGACCAAUGAGACUGUCGGGAAAUGGCACGAUGGCGCCGAUGACAGUGAUGAUACUGGAGUAGUCAAUCAGUAUGUUGAGACCUCAACAGCUGAAACCAGGAAGGUCGCACGGCAAGUUGCACAUGAAGGCACUGUGCUCUUGAAGAACGAAGAUGCCUUACUGCCCUUGAAUUAUCAUAUGCGAGAGCUCAAUCUUGAACGCAAGGCCAAAGUGAUAGUGGUUGGAGAGGACGGAGGCCCAGCAGAAGGCGGGCCGAAUCACUGUGCCGAUCGCGCAUGCAACGACGGCACUCUGGCUUCAGGCUGGGGAAGUGGAGCAUCAGAGUUUCCGUAUCUAGUGGAUCCGUUUGUCGCGUUGCACAAAUCUUUCGAUGCCGGGGCCGUUGAGCUAUCAAGAAUUCUGAAGAACAAGUUGAGUGCCGCAGAGAAGCAGAUGAUUAAAGAACAGGACCUAUGCCUUGUACUUGCAAACGCUGAUGCAGGGGAGGGGUAUCUCGCUUGGAAUGGCGUUUAUGGUGACCGGAACGAUCUCGAGCUUCAGAAGGGGGGUGCGAACCUGAUCAAGGACGUUGCAGCGCUCUGUGGCGGACCCGUCAUUGCUAUCGUUCAUUCUGUGGGCCCGGUGAUCAUGGAGGAGUUUGCCGACCUGCCAAACAUCAAGUCGAUCGUGCUUGCUAAUUUACCUGGCCAAGAGAGCGGUAAUGCACUUGCAGAUGUGUUAUUCGGCAGGGUUGAUGCCAGUGGAAGGUUACCAUACACUAUCGGGCGCAGUCUAGCAGACUAUGGCCAGACCGCACCUGUCCUAUACUACCCCAACCAUAUUGUACCUCAAGUUGACUUCAAAGAGGGACUGUAUAUCGAUUACCGUCACUUUGACAAGCAAGGCCUAGAUCCUCGGUACGAAUUCGGCUAUGGUCUGUCAUACACGACCUUCGAGUAUUCGAACUCGACAAUCGAGUCACUGAAAGCAAAAUCACCACUGCCAGCUCCUCGACUUCCAGAGCUCACACCGCCCGACUACAAAAAUGCACCGUUGGAUCCAGAGACCGCAAUGUUCCCAGAUGGCUUCCGCAGACUCCGAAAAUACAUAUAUCCCUGGAUCACAAGCGCAGAACGGAUACGCAAGGUGCCGUAUCCAUACCCUCUCGGCUAUGACACAAAGCGAGAACCGAGCCAGGCAGGUGGCGGCGAAGGCGGGAAUCCUUCAUUGUUUGAGAAUCAUGUCAAAAUUACUGUUCGAGUGACAAACAAGGGAGCUCGUAAGGGACAGGAAGUAGUGCAAGUCUAUGUGAGCUUUCCAGAAAAUGUGACAGACCCUGUCAGUGGGGAGCACAUCGACAUGCCAGUCAGAGUACUUCGCAAUUUCGAGAAGAUUGACCUCAGGACUGGCGAAACCAAGACCGUUGAGAUGUUUCUGACUCGUAAAGACUUGAGCUAUUGGUCUGUCGCGCAACAGAACUGGAUCAUGCCGGACGAUGAGAUCACGAUACACAUUGGCAGAAGUUCUCGAGACCUCCGCUACGACGGCACCUACUGA